CCAGCCAAUCAGCAUGGCUACUGGGCGUACGUCAUUAAUAUUCAAAAGGCAUUCCUUCACCAUAGUAGUGUUGUGAUUUCGCUGUGGGGCGGACCGUGAUGGAUGCUGAAGCAGUGCUUACAAAUUCACUGAUAUUUUAUGUAAAGAUGGUUUCGAAAACUGAGGUGUCGUACGACUUUUCUGCGCGUGUGAACUGACGCGACUGUGAGCGGAUCAUAUCAGACCUGAGAGCACAGCCACAUCUGAAGCUCAUAAGCAUCUCGUCCUGCUGUACGACUAAACCGCGCGAUGCCUUUGAACCCGAGUCGCUCCAGAGCCAAAGAUCGCAGCAGCAUUCUGGGCCGCCCCGAGUUUCUGUCCCUGAACGUGCCUCCGCGAAACAACAAAUCGUGGAGAAGAGCCGGCCCGUCCAAGAGCCAGCAGAACCAGCCGAGCGAGAACCCCGCGGAGCCGCCGGACGAAGACUGCAUGCUGCUCAACCCAUCCUUCAAAGGCAUUGCCAUCAACUCGCUGCUGGCCAUCGACAUCUGCCUGUCCAAGCGUCUGGGCGUGUGCGUCCACACCUCGUCCUCGUGGGGCAGCGUCCGGUCGGCGGUCACCCUGCUGGCUCUGACGGGUCACGGCAUCACCUGGAUCUGCGGCACUCUGGUGUGUCUGACUCAGAGUAACACGCCGGCGGGACAGGAGCUCCUCAUCAACCUGCUGAUAGCGCUGAUUCUUGACGUCCUGACUGUGGCAGGGGUUCAGAAACUGGUCCGGCGCAAAGGACCAUGGGACAUGAGUCCCGGCUUUCUGGACUGCGUGGCUCUGGACACGUACUCGUUCCCGGCGGCGCACGCGAGCAGAGCGGCCAUGGUGUCCAAGUUCCUCCUGUCCCAUCUGGUGCUGGCUGUACCGCUGCGGGUCCUGCUGGUGCUGUGGGCCGUCCUGGUGGGCCUGUCCCGGGUCCUGCUGGGUCAGCACCACCUGACCGACAUGGCGUGUGGCUUUGCUCUGGGCUUCCUUCACUUCGCUCUGAUGGAGACGGUGUGGCUGUCGUCCGGUGCCUGUCAGACGCUCAUCUCCAUCGGGACCUUCAGCUGGGGCUCCGUCCAUUAGGUGGACUCUCAUUCACCAUACGUUUACAUGCCGAGUCCGAGCACACGGACACAAUCAGAUGGAUCUGUCUUUCGACACAGGGGACAAAUCUGGUUAACAGGUUUAUUAGCUGCUGCAGUCGCAUUAUCAGGUCUGUUCGGGUUUGACUGGCAUUAUUUCAGUCUCACUAAAGCGUUUACAUGACUUCAGUCUUUAUAAAGUGCAUGCAGAACCACUGGAUCUCACUGCACAGCUGAGUUUCGACUUUCAUUUUCACUUCUUAAAUUCUGAUCCCUCCACGCAACAAGUUUUGCUGGUUUUGUUCCAAAAUAAUUCUGCAGAACCGAGACAUCUCAUAGAGGAAGUUGCUCGGAAAGGAAGUUUUUUUUUUUUUUUUUGGCCUGAUAUAGCAACUGACCUUAUAUAACAAGUUUAUUGGUUAACUGCGUUUUGUCUGGGUUGAGUUUUGGUCAUCUGUGCAAACUGAAAACUAUGGAAGCUUGUUGGAAGCCACAAAAUAAAAAAUUAAAAAGGUAAUUGUGACUUUAUCUCACAAUUCUUACUUUUUUUGUCUCAGAAUU